CUCCCUGCACGACGGACGCAAUAAUCCCCUGUGGCCUGGUGUCACCAGGAGGUUCCCACCGGUAAAACGGCGUUUUAAAGUCGCCACGGACGACGCGACGCUUUGUUGAGCGAGACUUUGGUGUUCGAUCGGGGCCACGGGCGGAACGAGACACGCCACUUUGAGGGUUCAACUCGAAGCGAAAUAAAAAGAACUACAUCUCUCUCGCGCGGAAAAGUCAUCGCCGCCUCGCCUGGAGUGAAGCCUGCGGCACAAGGCCUCUGCCGUGCCCUCUCUGUCGGCCGUCUCCGGCAACAGCAUGGCCUCUGUGGCACAACGCAGACGCAGCAGCAGCAGCGUGGACCCGCAUGGGGACUUCCCGGCGUGGCUUGCCUCCCGCGGCAUGAAGCUCACGUUCGCCGAGGCCAUGGAGCGCGAGCUGGGGAUCAGCGACUACGAGGAGCUGCUGGCGUGCGCGCUGGCACCGCAGGUCCGCGUCGAGCUGUUCGCCGCCGCCAAAGAGCGCCUGCCCUUCGCCUUCUACGCAGUGCUGCGCCGCAUCGCAGAUUCGCUGGUCCACGAGGAGGGGGGCACCGGGGAAGGGGGAUCGGUGGCGCUGGGCGGGCUCGUGGAGACGAUCGUGGCGAUGCUGAGCGCGCUGAGCGACACACUGCAUCACGCCGCACAGAGGUUCAUCUCGCUGGAGCCUGGGAUAGCGGCCGGAGAAGAGCUGUCCCAAUCCGAGAGUGUAAAGAGUGAGAUCACGGUGGCGGCGACGGUGGCGGCAGCAACGGGGGAGCCCAGCAGUCCCCUACACCCGGGGGAGGAUUGCGGUGUCCUCGAGGAUUCUGUGUCGGAGCACCUGGGCCGCGUCCCACGGAACAGCGCACAUUGCGAUGUAGUGAAGAGCGAAUCUGACAGCCAGCAGCAGCAGCAGCAGGAGGACGUCUCGGCCAUGGAGGACCAGGAGCCGCAGAAUGAAAAUGAGCCAUGGAGCAGGAUCAGCGAGGGGGGCUUCUCUCCCCGUACUGCUGUAGCCGGCGCCUGGAGGCCACAACCGGAAGCCGGCCCCUGCGUCGAAGACAGCUUCCCGCUGGCGCCCAGGCCUGACGGGGCCCUGCUGGGGCCGACGCUCGCCGACGACGGCGCCAACUUGCGUGACGACAGCCAGUGGCCGUACGUGUGCGAGGUCUGCGGCAAGGGCUGCGGUUCACCGUGGCACCUGCGCCAGCACCGUGGCACGCACACCGGAGAGAAGCGCUACGCCUGCGCCGAGUGUGGCAAGGCUUUCGUGCACCACGCCAGCCUGCACCGGCACCGGCGUGCGCACGCCGGCGCAAAGCGCUACCGCUGCGGCCGCUGCGCCAAGGAGUUCCGCUGCGAGGAGACAAUGCAGCAGCACCUGCUGCUACACACGUAGCUACGUGCAAGAUUUCGGGGCGCCAGCCAACAGACGGUGCCUGUGGGGGAACACAGAGCCUCCAGCACUGAGAGCAGUCUGAGAGGAAUCAGGAGGCAUCUGAUUUUUUACUUAUCUGUGGUCAGAUUCAGGAACAACAGUCUUGUUGAGUUUCUUGACCGAGUUUAUAUUUCUUAAAAUUAACUUUUGGUGGCUCAAUUAUAGUUUGUUUUGCUUGCGAUGCAGUAGACAUGAUUCGUAGAUCCAAAUUGGUUCGAUGGAAUAGUGCACAGUUGUACGGUUCCACGUAUCAAAACUAAGUUUCUGCUGGCAUUAAGGAAAAAAAGGUCAUUAUUUCUGAUCACGUUAGCAUGAUCAGACACUGGUAGUUGCUUUUGCCCUGGGCUGUGCCGUUAAUUGAUUUGGUUCCCCAAGCCCCCCCCCCCCCCCCCCCCCCCGGUAUCUACGCGUGUUGAGUACAGUGAUACCUCGGUUCACGAACUUAAUUCGUGAACUGACUCUGGUCGUGAACCGAAUUGGUCGUGAACCGAGGCACAUUUUCCCAUAGGGUUCAAUGUAAAUCCGGUUAAUCCGUUCUGACCUUUUUUUUUGGUUUUUGACAAUACACAUUACUGUAGUACUGUACAGUAUAGUAAUGUAUAAAGAGAGAACACUAACCUUGCUUGAGAUGACUUCUGGCAUGGAGGAAGGCAGGUGGGAGGUGGGUGGGAGACAGUAAGCACUCAAACGGGUGAACUGUACAAUACAGUAAGUACAGUAUUGUACAGUACAGUAGUACAGUACAGUACUGUAUGUGCUAAAAAGCACACCAAAAAUCAAAAAGUCACUGAAAGUGUCUUCACAGUACUCACAGUACUUCUUUCUGUGUCUCUUCUUCUCUCCACGAUCUUCCUACAGGAAGUCACGACCAUGUGACAGCCUGGAAUUAGCAUAAAAAUGGGCACGGCGCCUGUUCGUGAACCGAAGCGGAGUUCGUGAACCGGAGCGUGUUUUUAUGAAAUUUUCUGUUCGUGAACCGAGUUGUUCGUGAACCGAAGCGUUCGUGAACCGAGGUAUCACUGUAUUCACGGACGCGCGGUGGGAAUUGUGGUAAAUUGCAAUGCUCAAUUAAAAUUUUCAAUAGUCUGACGCUCCUGUCUAUUUGUGGAGACUUAUUGAAAAAUACAUCACGCUGACACGUUCGUUUUUGCACACAAAUCUGGCUGUCGCCUGAUGAAGCUAGUUGUAAUUACUGGCAAAACGUCGUACAAAGAUUGUAAAUGUUGUGGCUUGGCUCUCCAACACACCGGUGUGCUGUAUUAGUGACGAAUUAGCAUGUUCUGUUUACGUGACAGCCCUUACGAGUUGGCUGUGUCGCGUAGUGGCGGGUUUUAACGACACUUUUAUAUAUUUACGCGAUCUAACAAAAAAAACACUUAUGGACGUUCGUUUUUGUGUGCAGAAUAUUUUUGUUGUAUAUUAACUCAAAUCUUAAUACAUUUAAUAUGAAAUCCUGCAAACAAGGUUUUUUGUUACAUUUAAGGGGAUAUUCCGGGUGAACUAUUCUAAGUGAACAUAGUAACUUGGUAAUCCAUUUGUAGUGGUUUAACGCGCGCCAAGGGGGGUAAUUGUAAACACGUGCGGGUUGGGGACAGUGGAGUCGUAUCGGGACAUGCUGGUGUUGCUGGGGGACAACGGCUGGACGGAGAUGGCCCGUUAGGCAAUUAUGGGAUGCAGGGCAGUGAUUGGCCGGUUGUUGUUGUCAGGGACGAGGUGGCGCCUGUAUGUCUGGGAAUGGGAACAGGUGGGCGCGGGGCGUUGGGGGGAUGCCAGUUAAUUGGAAAUUACUAGGGACGGGGAUAAAUACGGGAGCGUCAGAGUAAGACGGGGAGUUGUGCUGGGAGCUGGAUGGAGACGUCGGAGAAGAAGAAGAUAUAAGAAGUGUAGGGUAGUAGUGGAGUAGAAGUAUAGGGUAGCAGUAGAGACUGAGACGAAGAUAUGAGAGGUGGAAUAGGUUAGCGGUGGAGCAGGGGAAGAAGAGGAGACGAGAGGACGGAUAGGCUCGCAGUGGAACGGGAACGAGAGACAGUUGGUGAGAGACGGAGAAGCCGAGAGAGCGACGGCUGGAGUGGGACGGAGAAGCAGAGAGGAGAGUCGGGAGAGAGAGAGGGGGGGAGGAACGGAGCGAGCGAGGCCGGCGAGCGGAGAACGUGCUGGAGAGUGGUGGCGAAAUGUGCUGAGUUUGAAAAUAAAGUGACGACAGAAAAGGAAGAAGUUGUCCGCGUAAAGUUCAGCACGACACAUUCAUAGAUACCACCACUGAUUUCUGAUUAAAACGAACAUACAUCUAAUAUAUAAAAGGGAAAUUUGUGAAUGUGUGUCUGUUCAAAAUGUUUAGCGUACUUCCCAACAUGCAACAAACUUGACAUUUGCCAUGUGGGUACUUUCCAGACUACACCAUGCAACAAUUUUUAACAGAGACUUUUGUAUUUUGGUGGGGGGGGCACAAUAUUGCAUAUAUUUUGCACGGCAAGUGAGCUGUGACGUCACAGCUGUCAAGUGACCCGUGUGCGGAAGCGUCGCGCAGUGUGCCUGCUGACGUCACGCACCCCCCCAACUCUCCGCGGGUAAAGUGCCAUACAAAUGUGUUGCAGGUCCAAGGCGUUCUUCGCGCAGCAUUGCUGCUUCAUUGUUUCAGUCGUUUACUGCCGUACGCACCCUGAAAGUUGCGUGUGUCUGCAGCAAGCGCGUGUAUGUGUGUGGGGAGCGGUGGUGUAAUGUUUAGCGCGUUGGCUGGAGGGAUGGACAGUUUCGUCCAAUA